CAAGCUCUCACAUGGAAUGAUAUUGACGCAGCACUCAGGUCAAAUAGUGUCGGUGAACAUGGGUUAGCCAACGAAAUAAUAGAACGUAUUGGUUAUGAACUUAGUUUAUCUGAUGGUGGUGGAAAACAACCUUCACAAAGGGGCCAAGGAAAAGGGAAAUCAACUGAGAAAGCUUCUACAGAACAUGAUACACAAAGUGAAGAAGGGCAGUGUUCAAGUGAAAAAUCCCAUGGCGAUGAACAAGAAACACCAGAAAGAGGCAAAAGAAAAGGGAAAUUCACUGAGAAGUAUUCCCCUCUUCAUUAUACUGAACUCAGUAAAGAAGAAGGGCAGUUUUCAAGUUCACACGAUGGACAAAAAAAAUCAGAAAAGGGCAAAAGAAGAAAGAAAUCAACAAAAAGCUUCCCCACAACAUCACACUCAGCUAAGUGAAGAAGAAGGGCAGGAUUCAAGUGAAGGUGAUGGACAACAAACAUCACAAAGGGGAAAAGGAAACGAAAAUUAACAAAGAAAGCUUAUCAUGCACAACACAGUGAAGAAGAAAGGCAGUUUCCAGGUGAAGAAUCCGAAGGCGAUGAACAACCAACAAAAAGGGGCAAAAGAAAAAGUAAAUCAACAAAGAAAGCUUCCCCACAACAUUACACUCAGUUUAGUGAAGAAGAAGGACAGUUUUCAAAUGAAAGUGAUGAACAACAAACACCAGAAAGGGAAAAAAGGAAAAGGAGGUCAACAAAGAAAGCUUCCACAGAGUGUCAGACUCAACCAAGUGAAGAAGAAGAGCAGUUUUCACGUGGAAAAUCACCAGAAAGAGGCAAAAGGAAAACAAAAAAAGGUUCCCCACGACAUUACACCCAGCUAACUGAAGAAGAAUGGCAGGAUUCGGGUAAAGGAAGUGCGAAAGAGAGGCGCAAAAGAAAAAGAUACAAAAAGCACAAGCAAGAAGUAAGUACAACAGAAGGCUUCUCCACAAAAAAGCAACACAUAGUGCAACAAAAGAGGUUAAAAUAUAAGCAAGAAGCAAAGGUAGGUAAGAAAGAGUUAAAAGGGAGUGGAUUUUCACAAAGUCAAGAAACAAGUGAUACCAUGGAGGAAAACUCUGAUAGUGAAGAAAGUGAAGAAGUCGCAAUGAAACACACAAGUUAUGUAAAGCAAAGAUCACCGAUAAGAGAGGGUGAUAGUGAGUCCUUUGCAGAAAGUAACGAAGAAGAAAUGAUAAGUGGUAAGUUAGUUCAAAAGAAGGGGUUGCACAAAACAGAAGUGUUACGAAAAGAACGUAAAGGAGUUAAAGGUACCAAAGAGCAGUAUUCUAGUGAUAGUGCCGAUCACUCUUCUGAGCAAACUGAAACAGAAUCAAACGAAAACGAUACUUCUGAACGUGAAGAAGAUAAUGGUGUGGCGGAAUCUCCCAAAUCAAAAGGAAAGAUGAUACAAAAGCCAGAAAGAAAGCACUCAGAAAUAACCAAACAAAAAAUCUGCAAAGGAAGUAAACGUGAAUCUGAUAGCAAGUUUGCAAAAGUAGGUAAAAAAAGAAAGCGGUUUCAAACACGAGUGAAAUUGCCACAAACAAAAAUAGAAAGACCUACCCAAAGUGGGGCAAGUGGAAUAAUGGCAAUGGGUUCUCAUCAAAGUUCAACAGUAGAACAUGGGUCUGAUAUAAGCAGUAUGGAGCAAGAUACUCCCGUUAUGACCUAUAAGAGAGCGAGAGAAGCUAGUGACGCCACUGCCCCUACAUCAUUCCCCAAUUUACAGGUGAGUCGGAAGAAAUCAUGGAAAAGAAAGAGAAGAAGGAGAGAGAGACUGGAGAGCACUUCUAGUUCCUCAGAUACUGACGACUCUUCACCAGAGAGUGACAUGAUGAGAAAAAUCUCUGAAUCGGAGACCAAAAAACUCAGAAAAGUGUUCAGAUGUUUCUUUGGCAAACUCUGCCGUCAAAUCAAAGAUCCAGUAGAAAUGGCGGCUGGGCUACAGGCCAAACGUCUGCUAUCGCAAUCAACAAUGGAAGAAAUCUUAACAACUCCCGAUUCUCGGCAAGAAAAGGUAAUAGUAUUGGUUAGAUCUCUCCAAAGGAGAAUAAAGUCGCGUCCCGACAGGAUCUUUGGAAUCGUCAAAUUUUUUCUGCGCAUUGAAGCCAUAGGCAAAGAAAUGUGGUUGGAAACUGGAAAAGUGUGCCCUGAGAGAGCAGCCUUCGUGUUUGGCACUGCACUACCUCCUACUGAGAGAGAAUCAACUGUGGAAUCACUGGAAGAGAUAAAAGGAGAGGCAGUGCAGGGGACUCUAAGGAAAACCCACCUACCGCAACCUUCGGUGGCCAUUGGUGUUGGUGAUAAUGUAACGUUAAGUCAGUCUCUGCCACAGUCUGGUAUAAGUCAAGCGUUGACAAAGUAUAAGCAGUACUUGCAGUCUUGUUACAAUGCUAGAGUCCUAGCUCCAGCAGACAAGUACCUUCCUACCCUAGAUGCCCCGUACAUUAAUCUUGCCAUGAUUAGAAGGGAGCACUGCAAUCCCAAGCAAAGAGAUGAGUUCACUAGACAAACACUGCAUGGAGGAGUAGACGAGAUUCUUCAGAGUAAGACACCCAUUAACAUUGAAGACCUGUUGACUCCAGAUGACAGCGGUAAUCCAGUCAGGUUCAUUCUGGUAGAAGGUCCUCCGGGAAUUGGUAAGAGUACAUUUGCCUGGGAGGCAUGUAGGAGAUGGGAUGAGAUAGAAAGCCUCCGAAACUACCACGUUGUGGUGCUGCUCAAGUUGAGGGAAAAGUGGGUCCUAAAUGCAGUGUCACUCCCUAGCCUUUUCAGAUAUGAAUAUAGCCCUGAGUUGAGCAAGAGUAUUUCUGAAGAGCUUGCUAUAACCCAAGGACGAAACCUAUUACUAAUAUUGGAUGGUUUUGACGAAGUGUCUCACAGUUUCCAUGAGAAAUCUGUCAUAAAAAGCAUUCUAUGCAGGCAACUCUUGCCAGAAUGUACCAUCAUUCUCACUACUAGACCAUCUGCUAAGUCCAUACUAGAAAGUAUCUGCCAGCCUCAAGUUGAUAAACAUGUAGAAAUAAUAGGGUUCACAGAGGAAGAGAGAGUGAGGUAUAUCACUGAGGUCUUUAGCAAUGAACCAGAGCUUCAGGUGAAUUUCUUGAAGUACAUGUUUCAUGUCCCUCACAUAAAGUCAAUGAUGUACAUUCCACUCAACUGUGCCAUUAUAGCACAAGUCUAUUACGAGUCUCAGAGUAGCCGCCACCUCGCUAUACCGAAAACAAGAACACAGCUGUACAAGGCACUCACUCAUUCUCUUAUUGUUAGACACAUAAAA